AUGGCAGAGGGCGCAAGCAGUUCGCCCGGCCGGAGUACGCGUAUGUCGCGCAAUGCGGCCUGCACCCACUGUCGUACCUCCAAGGUGCGCUGCAACCCCAGUUCCGUCGCCGGUCGGCCAUGCCAGCGCUGCACCAAGCUCAACCUUUCAUGUGUCGUCAAUCCCACAUGCCGCCGCGUCACACGCAAGAGCCAACUUGACCAGCUUGCCCGUGAGGUGCAGGCCAUCAGGGAGACGGUGGUGGUGGUAGACAGCAACAGUAGACAGCCAGCACUCCAGACACCAUCAAGCCCGAGCACCUGGUCACCGAGAGUGCAGGGCGGUAACGAGGCUUCGUCGUCCAGUGUUUCACCGGCUUUGUCUGCCGCUACAUCAGAGCACAAUAGUCGUCGUGGUGACAACGCCGUUGUUGUCAUUGACGACAAUGCACAAGUCAACCAUGCGGCAGUGUCCAGCCUGCACAGGGCGCUCGACUCACAGCCCUUCGCGGGGCCAGAUAUUGAUGAGUAUUUCAACAUCUACUUUCGCCAUUUCCACCCCCACUUCCCCAUCCCCAGCCCACGUGACCCAAACAAGUGUUACGAGACAAGCCCUUUUCUUUUCUGGGUCAUUGUCCUCGUUUCUUGCCGCCGUCGGCCUACACACACCAACUCUGCCACGAUCCGCCUACUCACAGAGUACGUCAAGCACGAGACUGAUGCCGCUGUCCCCAAGGUGCCUCAGCCUCUCGCUCAACUUCACGCCAUACUCCUCGUCGCCGCUUGGGGCUUGUACCCGGGUGUCCGUUUCAUCAAUGAUCCGGCCUACUGGUUGAGUGGCAUUUCCAUCAGCUCGUGCCUGCUGCUCGGCUUCCACACAGCUUCCGGCAGGCACCCGGAGUACAACCAUGUCACUCUCGGUACCAUUUCAUCUGAUACCGAAGCUGCCGUUACAUGGGCGGCGUCUAGUAUUGUAAAUAGAAGGCUAUCAACCAACCUUGGCCUCCCAUGCACCGCUCCAAUGAACAAGGCCACGUUGAACAUGACCCAUGACGAAGGUCGCCUUCUCCCCGUCAGCUUUCGCGUACAGCUCGAAUGUCAGAUCUUUAUGGACCGAGUCAACAAGACGCUAGGCUCUUCUCUUGAAGAGUCCAACGGAGUACCACGUGAGUUAGUCCGAAUGUUCGAGGAUGAAUGGGUCGCAGCUCGAGCACGAAUCAUCACCAAACACACGGAUCCAGUAUUAUCCCUGCACACCCUAUUUGUUCUCCUCGAGGUCCAGAUGUACUAUUUUCUCCCAAUACCCAUCCAAAACAGUCGAUCAUCCACCGCCGUUGGCUCAGUCAGCGGUCGAGAUAACCUUUCUCCCUCCAUUGAAGCUGACGUUCUCCGAUGCUACACUACAGCGUCAACCGUCAUCACUAGAGCAAUGGACCUCGACGAGACGACAAAUCUCCUGCACUACCUCCCGCACUACACUAUUCGCCCCAUUGCGCAUGCCAUCGCCGUCAUUUUCCGUGUCAUUCGCUCCGACCUGCCUCUGAGAUACCUGCAUAUCGUCGUCCCCGAAGAAGCGGCUAAACUAUCCACUCACACAGUCACAAUCUCACGCCGCAUCUCAGCUGUUGAAGGGGAUCUGGCAUGGAGACUCGCACGGUGCGUCGAGCUUUGGGAUGCAACAAGCGCACCGUACCUCGCCGCCGCUGCCGCCGCUGUAAACCCUUUCAAUUCAGCAAUAGGUAAUGACAAUGAGAACCACGACAGUAGCGACCAAGCUGCCUCGUCUGUAGCUAGUCCAGACUAUGAGCCUGUACUAGUUGAGAUGUUUCGCCAGCGCAUGGUAGCAGCCUUAGGGUGGGAUUUUAUGAUACGCUGGAAAAGCAAGCACGGCCCCGUGCAUAUGGGACCGUAUAAGCCACAGCCUCAGACGCAGAGUCUUGGAAUGCAUGUCGGUAUAGGUGAGACUGUUAGUCACACGCAACACCAGCAGCAGACGCCAUCGGCGAGCUCUACCGAAACGAGUGGUCCUGAUGGUGGUCCUACCAGGUUUCAAGCGGCCCAGCAGGACCAGCAGCAUUUCCAGUCACAACAACAGCACCAGACCGGUAUGCCAGUGAAUAUUGGUGGCCCGAUAGUGCCGCCAGCCGAGACUGAGCUUUCUCUCUCUUCUACAGGGACCAUGAGUACGGACUCUAUGCUUGAGACCGACUGGGGAUUUCUCGACGACUUCAUCUGGGGUUUCGAUGUUCAGGAUCCGUAA